AGCGAGUGCAACUGCAACAACAGCAGCAGCAAUCCAUACAACAAAAAUCAGCCAAGUGAGGCUUAAUAACCCAGCGACAACAAGCAUGUUACUUUUGCAACCCAAUAGCUCCUUUAGUUCAUUGUCGCCCUUUGAUAAUUUCUCCUCGCAAUCCGCGACGACGACCACAACGUCGUCGGUAACCGCAGCAGCAGCUGGACACCAUCAUCUUCAGCAGCAGCAGCAGCAGCAGCAACAUCAUCAUCUCCAACAGCAACAUCUGCAACAUCAGCAGCAGCAGCAACAGCAUCAUCAUCAGCAGAUCCUAAACUCCCAACAACACCUGCUAAAGACCGAGUCACUGCUCUCCCAUGAGGAGGAUCAGUUGAUCAGCAACCUGAACGACGUGGCCGGAUCGCACAGUGAGCUCUUCUCGGAUCUCUUCUUCCCCUCGGACUCAAACAACUCGCUGCUCUCGCCGACGACCAGCGGCUAUCCGGAUAAUCCAUCUGGCGAGGAUCUCACCAGCUCCAUCGAGAACCUCACCAAGCUCACGUGUCUUCGGGACAAGCGGCUCUCCUCCAUUCCCGAGCAGCAGCUCAGCUCCGAGCAGGAGCAGCAGCUCUGCCUGCUCAGCCUUCGCUCCAGCAGUGAUCCAGCCAUAGCCCUCCACGCCCAACAGCAGCAGCAGCAGCAACAGCCCCAGCAGCAGCAGCAGCAACAGGAGCAACAGCGGCAACCCGGUUCCGGCCAAAUCCAGCUGAUCUCGCCCAUCGGUGGCCCUCUGUCCUGCGGCAGCAGCCUGCCCAGCUUCCAGGAGACCUACUCCCUAAAGUACACCAGUAGCAGCGGCAGUAGUCCCCAGCAGGCCUCCUCCUCUUCGACGGCGGCUGCCACGCCAACCGAUCAGGUCCUGACCCUCAAAAUGGACGAGGACUGCUUCCCCCUGACCAGUGCCGCCGAGGUUAUGUCCGGGUGGAAUGCCAGCCCGGCUCCAGCUCCCGCCCAGCUCCAGCAGCUCCACACGCUCCAGACACAGUCCCAGUCCCAGUCCCAGAUGUCGCACUCACAUCCGCAUCCCAACAGCAGCAGCAGUGGCAGCAACAACAACAACAACGGCGGCAGCAGUGGCUACAACUACCACGGACACUUCAAUGCCGUCAAUGCCAGCGCCAAUCUCUCGCCCAGCUCCUCGGCCAGCUCCCUGUACGAGUACAAUGGUGUCUCCGCUUCCGAUAAUUUCUACGGACAGCAGCAACAGCAGCCAAACUAUCAUAACUACAAUUCCCAUAAUGGAGAACGCUACUCGUUGCCCACCUUUCCCACCAUCUCGGAGCUGGCGGCGGCCACAGCUGCUGUGGAGGCGGCGGCAGCAGCCUCCAUUUCUGCUUCAGUGGGGCCGACGCCGGUGCGUCGAUCCUCGUUGCCUGUGCAGCGGACAGUCUCACCCGCCGGUACCUCCGCCCAGAGCCCCAAGCUGGCCAAGAUCACGCUGGGUCAGCGGCAUCACGCCCAUGCCCAUGCCCACGCCCAUCCUCUGCAGUUGAGUUCGGCGCCCAAUUCGUCGGCCAGUUCUCCGGCAAGUGCCGCAGGGGCAGAUCUCCAGGCGGGACGACUGCUGCAAGCGGCCUCCCAGCUGUGCGCCGUCUGCGGGGACACUGCCGCCUGUCAGCACUAUGGCGUGCGGACCUGCGAGGGCUGCAAGGGAUUCUUCAAGCGGACGGUGCAGAAGGGCUCCAAGUACGUCUGCUUGGCGGACAAGAUGUGCCCGGUGGACAAGCGGAGACGCAAUCGAUGUCAGUUCUGUCGCUUCCAGAAGUGUCUGGUCGUUGGCAUGGUCAAGGAAGUGGUUCGCACGGACUCCCUCAAAGGACGUCGGGGUCGUCUGCCCUCAAAGCCGAAAUCGCCACAGGAGUCGCCGCCAUCCCCACCCAUUUCCCUGAUAACGGCUCUGGUGAGGAGCCAUGUGGACACCACGCCCGAUCCCUCGUGCCUGGACUACACCCACUACGAGGAGCCGUCGAUGAGCGAGGCGGACAAGGUGCAGCAGUUCUAUCAUCUGCUGACCAGUUCGGUGGAUGUGAUCAAACAGUUUGCGGAGAAGAUACCCGGCUACUUGGAUCUCACGCCGGAGGAUCAGGAGCUGCUCUUCCAGUCGGCCUCCCUGGAGCUGUUCGUCCUGCGUCUGUCCUAUCGCGCCCGCAGCGACGACACCAAGAUGAUCUUCUGCAACGGCACCGUGCUCCACCGCAGUCAGUGCCAGCGAUCUUUCGGCGAGUGGCUGAACGACAUCAUGGACUUUAGUCGGAGUCUUCACAGCCUGGAGAUUGACAUAUCAGCUUUUGCCUGUCUCUGUGCCCUCACGCUGAUCACAGAGCGGCAUGGCCUGCGUGAGCCGAAGAAGGUGGAGCAGCUGCAGAUGAAGAUCAUUGGUAGUCUGCGCGAUCAUGUCACCUACAAUGCCGAGGCCCAGAAGAAGCAGCACUACUUCAGCCGGCUUCUGGGGAAACUUCCGGAGCUGCGAUCCCUCAGCGUUCAGGGAUUGCAGCGCAUCUUCUAUCUGAAGCUGGAGGAUCUGGUGCCAGCGCCAGCCCUCAUCGAGAACAUGUUCGUCACCACAUUGCCCUUCUAGGCAGUCCAAAUCCACAUCACAACAUUGCUUCCUUCAACCUAGACCUAAGUUAGACCCACUAAGAACUAGGUAAUCCAUAACUAGCUUUCGUAGAAACCCCAAUAAAAAAAUCUAAGAAAAGAAAAGAAAAGAAAAAAAAAAAAGAAAACAAAAAACCCAGUGAGUGCAAGUAUGCAGCAGACCCAGGCCAUAUCUAUAGUUCGAGGAUAGAUGGUUAGACAACCAUCAUCCCCUUCGGAUAAUUACGGACAUGAAUAUUUGAAAGAGUUUCGUACGGAGCGGAGUGCAUUGCUGGCUCCUUCGUGACUUGUCAGCGCCCAUAGGAAAUUACAACUUGUUGACGUUAAUUGUUCAAAUUGUUUAAUUUCAACUGUCAAAAUCAAUAGGCGUGCACGCACAAGACCCACGGACUUCAAUGGCUUCAAUGGCAAACACUUUCACAGCACAACCCUUCCGACUCAGCUCUGAGCUUGCUCAACAUUCAUUGUUAACCGACCGACAAAUCGACAAACAGACACACGGACACACGGACUGCAGCGUACGCUCUUUUGCCUUUGUUUUUGCUACCUUCUAGUCAAUUGUUUUAAGCGUUACAAAACCACAAUUAGAGCUAUGCGAUUAUUAUUUGUAGGAUAUAUAGAUGAGCCCCUAGAAAGGUCCCUCCAGAAUAAGUGAAAAUAAUACUAAAUAAUAGUUGAAUGGCCACAAAUUGGAGACAUUCAAUAACCAAUAACCAUGUUUUGCUUUCUUAAUGUUUUCCUCUUUUAGGAUAGAACAUCCAGUUUGUGAAAAUCAACUAUCAGAUCAUAUCAUAGAAAUGCCAUGCUUGCCCUCUAGCUAAGAUAAUUCCCAACCAUUACCCCAACCAAGUAUUUCUGUAAAAUCUAUAAUAAGUAUAACCCAAAUUUAGGCUUGCGGUUUAGAUAUAUUAGCACUAGGUAUACUUUGGUUCAAGUUAUGUAUCAACAAUGCACUCAACCAGUGCACAUUGAGAGUUUAAGUACCUUUUUGUGAUGAUUGUGUCUGACACAGAGAGUUGUUGCACACAAACACACACAAAUCUAGCCGAUAAGAAUGGAUAUAUCUGUUAAUCUCUAGAAUAUAACAUAACCUAAGUAUUUCCGUAGCGUAGCCCAAAACCCAUAUGUGUAUAGUGUGUACGUUCCAAACGAGAAACGAUAAAAAAAAACAUAAAAAAACCUUAUUUAAUCUUAGCCACUCCAACUGAGUUCUCAAAGAAAAGGCAAAUGGAUCGAUCGAUCCGUUUGCCACUCUCUCUAUAUGUGUGUUAUUUCGAUAGGAAACCCCCUCUAUGUGAUUUUGUGAUAGAUUGGCAUUGAACUCAACUCUGAAUAUAUAGUAUGUCUAUGUCUAUAAUACAUAUACAAUACAUGCAUAAAUUUAUAUAUUUUUUAUGUCUAACUUUUGUAUGGUUUAUUUUAUACGUACAACUUUUCUUUGAUAAAAACAAAAACAAAACAAAAAAUUAAGAUCGUUAGCUAGCAAAAAAUAUUUAAUAGUAUAUUUCGAGGAAAUUUCAAAGUACAGCCUUUAGCAACUUUCCAAUUAAUGUUUGUAUUAAAGAAAAACAUUUUCUAUGUGUAAAAUUCAAGACUUUUAUAGAACUAAAAUGUUAACUGAAAAAAGGAAAAAAGAAAUUGUUUGAAUAUGAGCAACAUACAUAUCUCUUCAAGCUUUCGACUGCACAGAACAGAACCGUUAAGUGUUAUUAUUAUCUAUAUAAUUUAUACGAAACGAAACCGAUUGGCAUGCCUAUAUAAAAUAUACAUUUUAGAUAGAUCAUUAAUAAAUUAUUACAGUACAUGUAGCACAAGAGACAGAUGUUCGAUGAUGUUCAGACAAGUAGUUUUUGUACCAUCUUUAAGAAGAACUUAGGCCAAGAUAAACUAAGAAUAAAAACAAUGAUCUGUAUGCGGCUAAGCUGAAGCUAUAAACUUACAUAUACAUAUAUAUAUUAUAUACAUUUACAUCACUGAUCAAGUUGACAAAUUUAGAAAUUUAGAGCAAUAAUUCAUAAGCAGACGGCACUUUGAAUAAACUAUAACUAAAGCUAAAACUACAAACUGAACUUGUAACGGUUAGGAACGGGAAUAAAACAGGACAAAAACACAGGAACAAGUUGACAGGUGACCAAUACAGUUUGAAAGCGAUGUAAGUUAGGUUCGGGUUCGAAACCCUCAAAACGAUGCCAUUUUAUAGCCGUUACAACAAUGUAUAUCAAUCAUGCACCACAGACACACUUACAUAUAAUAACAUAUAUAUGAUAUAUAAUAGUCAUAAGGAACCUACUUUGUACCUACACAAAACAUACAAUACAUGAAACCUUCAUACAUACUAUAUACUAUAUACAGAUACAUAUAUUUUGAAUAGAAAGAAAAAACAACAACUUUUACCAGUUACUUCUGGCGCAAAUGCGACAUAUAUACAUACUAUAUAGCCAUAACCGGAACAUACAAAUACAUAU